GUCUUAGUUUAAAUAUAAAAAACAGAUAUAAGCAUAGAGGAAUGUACAGAAACACCUUGUUUUAAAUUUUUUUAAAAGAAAAUUGUUCAUAAACUUGGUUAUUUCAGUUGGCAGCUACAUAUCUAUUGUAAUCAAGUGACUGUUUUAUGUACUAAAAAACCCCAAGCUAGACAACACUUUAUGCUAUGUUGACUUAACACAUAAGACCAAAUUGGUAUCAAGGGAUACAACUAUCCAAUUUUCUGAUCAUGUACAAAUGGGCCAAUAAAAGUAGCGACAGUUCCAUCACCGAUCCGACGUGACAAGCAUCAAAUCCCAAACCUUUUUUUUAUGUUUUGGUUUUUACAAAUUAAGAAAUGUCUGAACCAAGCAAUGCUGGUAUUGUCAAAGUAGGAGAGGAACGUAUUAUUCCAGGCUCUCAACGAGCUGACGGAUCUUUCCGCAAAGAACGUAAGGUCAGACCUGGGUUUACUCCUUUAGAAGAUGUUAAACGUUAUACCAUUCCACAGCGCCGAACAGCAAACCCCAAUAGUGCUAGACCCGAGAUUCCUGUCACCAAAAGAAAUGAGGAAGUUAGACCUGCGAAAUUUACUCCUGUACAAUCUGUAAAUAGACCAUUAAAGAAAAACGACAAUGCUUCAGAUCAAAAAGUUGAAAAGAAGGCAGAUCAAAAGUCAGUCAAGGAAGAUGAACCAAAGGAAAAGCAACAAGAACAGCUUAGCGAGGAAGACUCUUUAGUUGAUAGUAUGGCCAAACUUUCAUUAGAGAAAAGCUCAAAGUAAUAAAAAACGUCUAUCUGAUUGGAUGAGUAUAUUUUAAUUGGAUUACAGCCCUUUGUCA